AUGGCUUCUGACUCAGGUGAUAUCAAUAUGAGCCACGCGGUUGAACUCGAUGUGGUCGUGGUCGGUGCAGGCUUCGGGGGAGUAUACCAACUCAAGAGGUUCCGUGAUGAGGGCUACAAGGUCAAAAUCCUCGAGGCCGGAACCGGAUAUGGCGGGGUUUGGCACUGGAAUGCCUAUCCGGGCGCGCGCGUUGAUACCCCAACCCCUCUCUACGAAUUUGACAAGCCAGAGCUGUGGAAAGACUGGUCGUGGAAGCAGAGGUUCCCCGAUCAUACAGAAUUGCGCGCCUACUUCGACUACGUCGCCGACAAGUGGGAUCUCAGAAAGGAUACUCAAUUCAAUUCCUUUGUGGAAUCUGCCACAUGGGACGAGGCCCAAUCCAAAUGGACUGUCAAGACACGAGAGGGCGGCUUGUUCCGAGCCAAGUUCCUUUCCUUGAACACCGGGUUUGCUGCUAAGCGGCAUGUACCCGACUGGAAAGGACUUGAAGGCUUCAAGGGACUGAUUAUACAUCCUUCCUACUGGCCACAUGAAGGACUGGACCUCAAGGGCAAGAAAGUUGCCCUGGUUGGAACUGGGUCUACCGGAGUCCAAAUAGCUACCAACUUGGCAUCUGCUGUCAGUGAACUCACCGUCUUCCAACGGUCAAUCAAUACCAGUAUGCCAAUGGUGCAAGCAAACUUCCACGGCGACAAGCAGAACCACCCCCGGGAGGAAUAUCCCAGGCUCUUCAAAGGUCGCACUGAAUGCUUCACUGGGUUUGACUUCCAUUUCCUGGGCCGCAAUACAUUUGACGACGACCCGGAGACGCGCCAAAAGGUCUAUGAGGAUCUCUGGGCACACGGCGACUUCCACUACUGGCUGGCAACGUACAAUGACAUGCUCUUCAAUGACGAAGCCAACCGCGAGGCCUACAACUUUUGGCGCGACAAGACUCGCGCCAAGAUCAAUGAUCCUCGCGUCCAAGACAUUCUCGCGCCCAUGGAGCAGCCUUACCCCUUUGGUUGCAAGAGAAUCUCCCUCGAGCAGGGUUACUUUGAAAUCUUCAACGAGCCCCAUGUGAACAUUGUAGACGUCAACGCCACUCCAAUCAAAGAGAUCACGGAGAAGGGAAUCAAGACGUCUGAAAAGGAACACGAAAUCGAUGUUCUCAUCACCGCCACAGGCUACGAUGCCGUCACGGGAGGGCUCACCCAAAUCGACAUACGCGGCGCCACGGGCCAGUCGCUGCGCGAUUACUGGAAAGACGGCGCCCACACGCUCCUCGGUAUCACCGUGGCCGGCUUUCCCAACAUGUUCAUGACCUACGCGCCUCAAGGCCCGACAGCUUUCUGCAAUGGUCCCGUGUGUGCCCAAGUCCAAGGAGACUGGAUCGUCGACGCAGUCAAACGCGUCGACAGCAGUGGGCUCAACAAGAUCACGGCAGAGAAGAAGGCUGAAGACGAGUGGAGGGACACGGUCAUGAACAUUGCGUAUUCGACACUGUUGCCAAAGGCCAAGUCGUGGUAUAUGGGAGACAACAUUGAGGGCAAGCCGAGGGAACCCUUGAUUUAUUUGGGUGGCGUCGAUAAUUACUACAAGACUCUCAAAAAGGUUGCGGCGGAUGACUAUGCUGGUUUCAAAUUUGACUGA